UGUUGACCUAGCGGCAGGGUGAAGGCCAGCGGGCAUGAGAUGCCAAACAGACGGAUGGUCGUUAGCACUCGCAGGGAGAUGCAAGCUCGUACAGGAACAGAUCUGUGGGUCUCGUGUUCUUGAUUCGUUUCCAGGUGUCUCUCCUCUCCCGGCGCUGGUGAGGACCCCGCCUCUGAUGAUGCAGUCCAGCCUGGACAUGAAGCCUUUCCUCUCCUUCCCCCUGGACAGCUCCUCGCCCGGGGGGCUCUUCCCCAACUUCAACACGAUGGAUCCGGUGCAGAAGGCCGUCAUCAACCACACGUUCGGAGUGUCCCUCCCGCCCAAGAAGAAGCAGGUCAUCUCCUGCAACAUCUGCCAGCUGCGCUUCAACUCAGACAGCCAGGCAGAGGCCCACUACAAAGGCAGCAAACACGCCAAGAAGCUGAAAGCUCAGGAGUCGGGCAAGCCCAAGGCCUCAGGCGCGGAGCUCACCUCCCCCUCCGCAGUCAGAUCCGGCUCCCCCCCUUCUUCCUCCUCCUCCUCCUGCUGUCUCCCGGCAGGGGGCCCAUCCCGCCUCGCAGACACACCAGCUCUCUCUCUCUGUCUCUCAGAGUGUAUUGCACCUCCAAGCCAGAGGAGUCCUCGGCUCCUCUUCCUCCCCCUCUCAUCUCCUCCUCCUUGGGGGCGGUGGCCUCCCCCAGCCUUGGCCAGCCCAGGGGGGACGCGCAUGCCAUUGCCCGGCCCCGGCCCCGACCAGCCCCUGCCCCCCUCUCCCGGCCUCCACCGCCCUGGGCCUCGCCCUGAAGAGCUGUGUCAAGCCAGGCUCCGCCCCGGCCCCGCCCUGGCCACACAGGCCACGCCCACGGCCGAGUCGGAAGAGGAGAAGGCCAAGAAGCUGCUCUACUGUUCUCUAUGCAAAGUAGCUGUCAACUCUCUGUCUCAACUAGAGGCCCACAACACAGGGUCCAAACACAAGACGAUGCUGGAGGCGCGACGGGGGCGGGGCCUAUCAAGGCGUACCGCGGCCGGGGCCAAGCUGAAGAUCCAGCCCAGCGUGCUGAAAGGCUCCGGCUUGCACAAGACCUUCCACUGCCAGAUCUGUGAUGUCCACGUCAACUCUGAGAUACAGCUGAAACAGCACAUCUCCAGCAGGAGACAUAAGGACCGAGUGGCAGGCAAGCCUAUGAAGCCCAAGUACAGCCCUUACAACAAGCAGCAGCGUGGCUCCAACACUCUGCUGUACGCUAAGCUGGCCCUCCAGACCGACCUGGUGAAGCCUCUCACUCCCUUCCUGUCCUCCCCGUUCUGCCCCACUUCUGUCCCCUCCAUCGCCCUCCACCGACCCAGCCCCUCCAUCUUCCAGACGGACCUGCCCCACUCCUUCCUCCGAGCCGCCCCGGGGCCCAUCAGACCCACCACUGGCUCCAUCCUCUUUGCCCCCUACUGAUCACCAAGCCUCCUGCUGACAACUCUCGGCCCAGGCCCUGCCCCCUCCUCCCACCCACCCACCCACCCAGCCACCCACCCAGCCACCCAGCCGAGCCCUGCCCUGCCUGGGCUGCCCUGCCUGGGCUGCCCUGCCCAGACCCCUCUGUGAGUGUGGGGAAGACCAGACAAGAGAAAGAGCCUGGAGGAGAGAGACCUGGAGGAGAGAGACCUGGAUGAGAGAGACCUGGAGGAGAGAGUUCUGGAGGAGAGAGACCUGGAUAACCCUGGAGAACCCUGGAGAAGAGAGACCUGGACUACAGAAUCCAGGAGGAGAGAGACCUGGAGGAGAGAGUUUUGGAGGAGAAAGAACCUGGAGAAGAGAACCCUGGAGAACCCUGGAGAAGAGAGACCUGGAGGACAGAAUCCAGGAGGAGAGAGACCUGGAGGAGAGAGACCUGGAGGAGAGAGCCCUGUCGUCAGCAGAGACAGACCUCUGACUACACAUAGCAGAGUUCCAGCCCCAGCUCAGCCAUCCCCCCAGUGUACCUCACCAGUACAGUAUCACUACUCACAGCCUGGCCUCCACCGUCCUGAGCAUUUCCCCCAGACCCCUUCCAUGUACUACCGUUGUGCACUAAGUACUGGAAGUGCACUUGUUAGUGCACCAGAUGUCAGCAGCUCUCCGUGUCCGCAGUGUCCUGGGGAGCUGAGAGGCCUCUUCCUGGCUGGUCCUGAGGACAGAGGAUCAGAAUGAUGUCACAUCCUGCUCGAGUAAUAAGCGCCACUGCGCUUCCUGAAUGACUUGAAUUAUCCCAGUCUUCCUUGUUGGGUGAAUGGACAACUAUAACGUGUCUGUGUGUGUCUGUGUGUGUCUGUGUGUGUUUGUGUGUUUUUGUAUGAAACAGUCCAACGUCUCAAACUCCACCAUUACCUCUGUUUUUAGUCUAGUCUAGUCAUGUCUGGUCUAGUCAUGUCUGUUCUGGUCUAGUCAUGUCUAUUCUGGAAAUGUCAUGUCUGUUCUGGUCUAGUCAUGUCUCUUCUGGUCUAGUCAUGUCUCUUCUGGUCUAGUUAUGUCUGUUCUGGUCUAGUCAUGUCUGUUCUGGACUAGUCCUGUUUCAGUCCUGCCUAAUCUUGGUCUAUCCCAGUAUAGUCCUGUGGGCUGUACACAGUAGACUGUUGGUUAGAACCUUCCCCUCUUCAGACAGUUGUCAUCUCAGUCCUCCCCUGCGUAUUAUAAUAAAGAAUAUCAGUAUGUUAGUCACAAACUACAGGAACAACCUAUUUUCCGUCAGGGUGUGAUUACUAAGACUUUCGAAUGACAUUAUUCCUUGAAUCAGGCGCCAUUUUCAUUGAGAAUGACCCCGGCCAGACAUUGUGUGUUGCUAGACCAACAGCGUGUUGAUGCUGCCGCAUUACAGCCCAGCACAGGUCUAGACAGCACCUGAGAGAGGCCUGGAUAACGAGUUUCAAGGACAACUUCCUGUUGGGACAACGACCACAUCCCGCCUGGCUGCCCAGCAGGACUACAACUCACCACCCUGCAGUCUAGCAGGACUACAACACCCACAGGCAUUUCUUCCCUCUCCUAUCCCUCAUUCGUAAUGAAACUGCAGUCUUGGGGUUUAUGAUGCAAUAAUGUACAGAAACAGAGUUUUCUAUGCUACAGUGUCGGUUACCAGGGCCUUAUAUGGAAUAUGUCUUAUGCUGUAUAUAUGGCCCUGGCUCUGCCCACAGCCAAAUACAUGGAAGACACGCAGCAAUGACUGUCCGACUUUCUACCAGCAAGUCAAAGAAGCUGUCGGAGUCCCAAGCCAGUGCUCCCAUUGGUGCAUUUCUUUACAUGUUUAGCAACUGUGUGGCAUGUCCUCUGUCAGGGGGGACAGAGAGAAGGAGAACUAAAGUUUUAAAAGCAAUCCCUCCUACUCCAUAAAGUACAUAGACGAAUACUAAAAUGUUCCCCUUCUAACAAAGUGAUAUAUUUGAUGAUUUUGUUUCCGAUUGUUGCAUUUCCUUUUUUCUGUGGCCCAGUGAUAGCAAACACCGUGCGGCUCUGUGAUUGGUUGGGUUUGAUGAGACACUAGUGGGUGGGGAGGAGACAAACACUCGUAUCCUUCUUCCAAGGACAUGUACAGUAUUUAUUCUGAAAUUAUUUUUUAUGAUGCGAUUAUGCAGAUGUGGAUCCAGUUUUAUUUGUAGAUAUGCCGUUGUUUAUCAUCUUUUUGUUUGUCGACACAUUUUUAUUAAAAAUCCUGAGCGUUU